AUGCCAAUAACACAGCAAUUCGAUAUAUACCAUGAACGUGUCAGAGACGCCAUCCUUCAUUGUAUUGACGCGUCCCGCUCUUCUUCUAUCACAACAAAUACAGCCACGAAAGUUUCAUCAGAUAUAAACCUCGCAGACCUCGAAAAUCUAGUGCGAUCCAACAUUGGCCCACUUGCUAGCAACGAGAACGUUUUAAACAUCAAUCUAAUGGACGAAAGACCUGACUGGCGCAAGAGUGCAGCAGAACUUGCUUUUCGUAAAAUACUUUUGGAUCUUGUGCAACGAGAGCCCGAAACAGCACCCGAUCAUUUCACACAUUUAUUCAAUGUGCUCGAUGUCGUACUUGCCACAGUUGAACUGGGUUACUUGGAACCUGUUGUGCCGCUCACUUUAAUCGAAGAAUUACUGGACGUACACACGAUCGACGGAUGCGAAAAACUGUUCGAUUACAUUGAAAAACGAAAAGCACGACUCACGGUGAACAUGAUCCCUGGUCGCGGUAAAGGUCUUGUCUUGCUUCGCAUGUGCAACGAAAUGCUCCGUCGUCUCUCCAAAGAAAAGAAUACCGUUUUUUGUGGUCGUAUCCUGAUGUUCCUUGCCAACUCAUUCCCACUGGGCGAGCGCUCAGGUGUCAAUUUACGAGGCGAUUUCAAUACGGAACCUGUACAAUUUGACAAGGACGAAGACGUUGACAAUGAUCCAAGCUUGACAGAGGAACAAAAGACAUUCUACAAGUUGUUCUGGUCGACCCGGAAAUACUUUUCCAACCCACCGACAAUAUUCCAGAGUAACGGCUUCGACGAGUUGCGAAAGGGUGGUGAUGCGAUUUUGGACCGAUUCAAACAAAUCUCGAGCAACGAACAAGCAGUUUCGGGCGACUCCUCAGGCGGCGUCGCUCCCUCUGACCGGGCUGGCAGCAAGCGAAAGCGAAGUGAGGACAUGGACAUUGACGAUACAGAGGACAAAAAUACCAGAGUACAACAGAUGCUGGACGACAUCAAUCGGCAAUAUCAAUUCCCUCGGUUACUGAGUAGUCGAAAACUGUUGGAACUCGAGAUCGAAGAUACUCGAUUUAGACGGAACGUCAUUGUCCAAUUUUUGAUUCUCUUCCAAUACCUCCACGGUUUCACUCAGGCUGAAAAAGAAGAUACACAAAAGCUAUUGAACUCGCGUGGUGCGACAAAACAAUCUUUAGUACAGCCUAAUUUUACCUUGGAAGGAAAAGAGCUACAAUGGGUUCAGGAAACAGAGAAAAGCAUGCUCGACUUGCUUAAACAAACAAAGCCACAUGGUGAACUAUAUACCGAUAUUGUUGAAACUGUAUUACGACACGAACGAAACUGGAUCAUCUGGAAAGCGUCAGGCUGUCCAGCUUUCGAAAAACCGCCUAUUACUCGUCCUGACGAUAUUGAACAAACACGACAAGUAAAACGAAACCGACUCAGAGAUGCAUACUUGAGAAGAUAUCGCUACUUGUAUGGAAGUCCUGAAAUCACCAAAAUGUAUAGUCAGGAACCGUCGCCACUCACUGGGAUCAUGCAAUCAAGGCCGGCACUCCCUGAACCAACUGAAGUCAUUGAUGCAGCACUAGCCAAGGUAGAGCAACAGGAACAUGACUUAUCCGUUAUUGAACGGUUCGACAUUGCCAACGGCGCGCUCUUCCAAGCCACCCGCCUGCUUUUCAGAUCCCAUGCUGUGCUUAUUCCCAAAGUAUACAAUAUCAAAAAAGAGGUGUACAAGGCACUCAAGGAGGCGAAGAAGGAGGGUGACGCUAAUGGAGAAACAACAACAACAACAACAACAGCCGAAAGACCAUCAGCAGCAGCAGCAGCAGCAGCAAUAAAGACAUCUGUCAGCGUGGAUCAGAAGGACGAACGCCAUUUGGAAGCAGAGAUCACUGUACUUAGGAAAACACGUGGACUGAUCGUCAACGCAACCUUAGCUGCUGCCGCUGCUCCUCCUGCUGCUGGCACUCCUACUACUCCUUCCAUUACCGUCACUACUACAACUCCAGCCACGAAUGGUGCAGCUACGCCCACGACUGGUUAA